CGUACCCCCCCCCCCUGCACCUGGGAUGUGACAGCCUGUUUCUGGAGCUGCCCAUUGACUAUGGCCCCGUAGCUGUCAGGAGACCUUAUUCCUUCUGUAUGGCCCAGCCUAGGGGAGCCGCUGCCCCGGUCGCCUUCCCCCCGGCGGGCGUGUGACAUCGGGGCGAGCCCGCUUGGGUUGUGGCUGUUUCGUGGUGUGUGUGUGGGGGGGGUUUCUUUUUCUUUUAAUUUUGUAGGAGUCGGUUUAUUUCCCCCCCACCUCCCCCUGCGUGUGGCAGAGACUCCGGGGGGAGAGAAGAGAGAGCCUUGAAACCAUUGUGUUGCCAGACUAUUUUUGUAUGAUUCUGGGGGCGUAGGGAGGAAAAGAAGAGACGUCUAUUUUUAUUAAAGAGAUUAUUUAAAAAAAAAGAAAAGAAAAAGAAAACCAAGAUGGCUGGAGGUGGCCGUGAUGAGCGUGUUGGCUUUUUUUUUUGAUCUGAUGAUAAAGCCAAAAGACAACAGCAGCUGGUGCUACACAGACUCGAUUUGGAGUUUCCCCUCCUUAAACUGACACAUCAGGCGCAUACUUUACAGGGUGGUGCCGUCUACCAGAUCGAUUCUUUUUUAUUGUUUUUAUUACUUUUUUUUUUUAAUCUACCCUUCUUUCUCUGGUGGCUCUAUUUUUAAAAUCCAAACUGAGAGAGGCAACUCAAAAUGGCUGAGAAUUGACUAGAUCCUGCUGGAAUUGUACAUUUCAGCCGUCUUCUUUCAGCUUCUCCCUCUCACCCCCUUUUUGCAGGCUGGAUCUGAAAGGAGAAAUAGCUUUCAUGUCAGAGAGAAAACAGAGAAGAGAAGGAAAAGGAGGGGGAAGGGCUCUUCAUUAGCAGUUGAGAAAUUCCUUUUCAGUUUGAUCAAGGCAUGCUUGUUUUCCUACCAGCGACCCAGCUCUCUCCCAAAUAUUGAGCUUCUGUUUUGUUUUAUUAUUUCUCCUUUUGGAUGUUUUUACCUUGAAUCAGAAUCUCUCCAGAUCCUGAAACAAGAUUUUCAUUUUCUAAACCUGUUCCCUAGUGAGAAUUUAGAGCACAGGUUGAUUUUUGUUUCAUGGGCCUUUUCCCCCCCCCCCCUCUCCCGAACCUUUUUUCUUCUUCUUUCGUUCUCAUUCCUGUCUGUGAAAGGAGGAAGGAACAGGGAGCGUUCCUUUGGCUCUGGGCUGGAAUUUCAUCUGAAUGAUUGACCCAUCUUCCCACUGUAUUCUUCCGUCCAAGAUCUCACUAUUCCAAAGCAACGGACAGAAUUUUUUUUGCUGCUCAGCUGGGUUAGAAGAAAAUCUUUGGGGCAGUUGAAAGAAUCCAGUUAGUUGUUUCAUUGGUUUUUAAUCUUCCAUUUGGAUCUUAACUCUGUUUUUUUUUUUUUUUUUUUUUUUUUUUUUUUUAAGACUAAUUCCUAGCUCCCCUCAGGGAGAAAAGGAAGGGGGGGAAAAAAACGGAGACAGUCUAUUCUCUUAGGCUUCUGACCAGGUUGGUGGACAAAAGUCCCUUUAAAAUAUUGAAUGUCAGUUGCAAACCGAAGACAAGAAAAAUCAAAUCCGGAGUUCUAAAUUUAGGAGGUUUUUAUAGAACUUGGACUCUGCUACUGGAUUUUGUAUGGAUUUUUUUUUUUCCAACCUUCAGUAAGUUUCGAUUCACCUUCCGGAAUCAAAAGAAACAAAACUGCUCCUAAGAGUUGUUAAAAUUGUGGGCUCUAAACCCUGAAAGCUUCUGUGUUUUUUUUUUUUUUUUUUUUUUUUUCAACUGACACUGGCCCUUAAUCAAAUCAUAUAUAUACAUUUUGUUAGUGUUUGAGUUUCGUAGAACUCUGCUCUGUAGGUUAUUUUACUUUGAAUUUUAGGAUAGACUGUAGUUUUUAUUUUUUAUUAUUAUUAUUUUAUUUUUCAAUAGCAGUUUUCCGGCAGACUUCCCACUGCAGGGGGAAGAGCCCACUCUCCAGCUGCAUCUGUAGAUCAAACUGAAAUAGUAAGAGAGAGAUUAUAAAUCUAUCCGUAGAAAUGGCUGAAAAUUGGAAGAACUGUUUCGAAGAGGAACUUAUAUGUCCCAUUUGCCUGCAUGUCUUUGUGGAACCCGUUCAACUUCCUUGUAAGCACAAUUUCUGCAGGGGCUGCAUAGGGGAGGCGUGGGCCAAAGAGACUGGGUUAGUGCGCUGUCCGGAAUGCAAUCAGGCCUACAACCAGAAACCCAACCUGGAGAAGAACUUGAAACUGACCAACAUUGUGGAAAAGUUCAACUCCCUCAACCUGGAGAAGACCCCCUCGGUCUUGCAUUGCGUCUUCUGCCGCAGGGGCCCCCCGCUGCCCGCCCAAAAGAUCUGUCUGAGGUGCGAAGCCCCCUGCUGUCAAUCUCACGUGCAGACGCACCUGCAGCAGCCCUCCACGGCCCGGGGGCACCUCCUGGUGGAGGCGGACGAUGUCCGGGCCUGGAGCUGCCCCCAACACAACGCCUACCGACUGUACCACUGUGAAGCGGAGCAGGUCGCCGUGUGCCAAUUCUGCUGCUACUACAGCGGGGCCCACCAGGGCCAUUCGGUGUGUGACGUGGAAAUCCGGCGUAACGAGAUCAGGAAGAUGCUGAUGAAGCAGCAGGACCGCCUGGAGGAGCGGGAGCAGGACAUCGAGGAGCAGCUCUACAAGCUGGAGUCGGACAAGCGGCUGGUCGAGGUAGAGAAGGUGAGCCAGCUGAAGGACGAGGUGCGCCUGCAGUACGAGAAGAUGCACCAGCUCCUGGACGAGGACCUGCGCAAGACCAUGGAGAUCCUGGAAAAGGCCCAGGCCAAGUUCUGCAACGAGAACGCGGCCCAGGUGCUGCACCUCAACGAGCGCAUGCAGGAGGCCAAGAAACUGCUCAGCUCCGUCCAGGUCAUGUUCGACAAGACCGAGGACAUCAACUUCAUGAAGAAUACCAAGUCCGUGAAAAUCUUAAUGGACAGGACCCAGAACUGCACGGGCGGCAGCCUGCCGCCUCCCAAGAUUGGCCACCUCAACUCCAAGCUCUUCCUGAACGAGAUCGCCAAGAAGGAGAAGCAGUUGAGGAAGCUGCUGGAAGGUCCCUUCAGCACCCCGGUCCCAUUCCUACAGAGCAUCCCCAUGUACCCGUGCCCUAGCGUCAGCAACUCCGGAGCGGAGAAACGCAAGCACUCCGCGGCCUUCCCUGAAGGCAGCUUUCUAGAGCCAUCGUCCGGGACUGUGGCUAGCCAGUAUAUGAGCCAGGGGGCUUCCGCUGGCGAGGGCCAGUCCGCACAACCCAUGGUGCCUUGUAGCUCCACGCAGCACAUUGUCGGACUGCCCAGUGGCCCGCAGCCAGUCCACUCUGGUUCGGUCUUCAACCCGUCUCACUAUCCCAAUAGCACGUCAUCUCAGCAGUCUGUGCUAUCCCAGUACGGCGGGCGCAAAAUCCUGGUGUGCUCAGUGGAUAACUGUUACUGUUCCUCGGUGUCCAAUCACAGCGGGCACCAGCCGUACCCCAGGUCGGGUCACUUCCCCUGGACAGUCGCUUCGCAGGAGUACUCCCACCCGCUUCCCCCUGCUCCGGCUGUACCUCAGUCGCUACCCGGACUUGCCGUGAGGGAAUGGAUUGACGCAUCCCAGCAGCACGGGCGGCAGGAUUUCUAUAGAGUCUACGGCCAGCCUUCCACCAAACACUACGUCACCAGUUAACCAUCAGACUCCCCAGAGAGUGUUGUUAAUUACACAGUCGGAGAUAAAAAUCCAGUUUUCUUGCUUUCUUUUUAAAUCGCACCCAAUUUUCUUCCUUCCCACCUCUGCGGAAUUUGGGAGGCCCUUUUCUCUCAUCUCUCUCUUUUUUUAAUAUUGGUUUUUAAUUUAAUUUUUUCAAAAUUCCUCCCUUCGCUGGAAAAAGAUGAGGACGAAAUUAACGAGAAGAAAUUAAUGAGGUUUUUCAAUCAGACAUCUGGUUUCGAAUUUCACACGUACUUACUACUUUUUCUGGUUUGGAAAACUUAGAGGGAUGGUGGCUCCUUUUCUAUUUCAGUGUCUGUGGGUCCUUUUUGGUUUGGUUAAUUUUUAUUUUUUCCUUCCCUUUAAAAAGAAAAAAAAUUCUAUCAUUGAUUCAGUAAGAAACGAUACUUGUAGAUUUUUGGGUUUGUUUUUUUUUAAAACAAGACUCAUCUUUUUUUUGUGUGUGUGUGGAAAGGCCACUUAUCAUGCAUCCUGGCAUUUUUUUAUUUCCUUCUUUCGGAGAUUUGUAAAUACACAAUGGCAGGAGAUUUAAUGCACAAACAAACAAAAACAAAAAAAAAAGGGAAAAGAAACUUUAAAAAAAAAAAAAAGAAUAAAUAAGAAAAAAUAUUUCUGUUUUAGUUUCCGGGGGGGGGAAGCGUCGCCAAGUUGCACACGCCCCUUCCCGUGUAUCGCUGAUGCAACUUCCUGUAACAAGCACUUUGUAUAAAAAAAAAAAAGUGGACUUCCUGCUAUAAGGCACAGGUAUUUAUUCUGUAACCAAUUUUAGAACACAAAAAAAAAUAUUCAAAUAAAUGUGAUCACUUAG